GUUAAAACAGCAAAACAGAUAUCAUAGUUAACCAACAAAACUGAAAAUGGCGCUACAAAUCCACUCGCCCUCAUCUUCUUCUCUCUUCAAAAAACCCUCUCAUCUUCUGCUUCUCUCACCAUUGACAAAACCCACCAAACUCAAAGUCAUAGCCCAGACCUCCACAAAUAACCCAACCCCACCGGAGAAAAAACCCUCCACAGUCUCACCUGGUCAAGGGUUUGGCUCACAAUCAGCAGCAGCAGCUACUACAAGCAAGACAACCAGUGGAAGCGAGAGUAAAAAUAAACCAAAGGGUAAUAGAAGAGAGAGAGCAUCAAUAAUUAGAAGGGCUCCAGCUGAGAAACCAGCUUUUAUAAGCCAAGAAAAUGAGGUUAAAGUUAAAGAACAGGGUAGAAAUGAGACUGCUUUUCUUCUUGCUUGGUUAGGACUUGGUGGGAUCAUUCUUGUUGAGGGCAUUCUGCUUGCUGCUUCAGGCUUCCUACCAGAAGAAUGGGAUAAAUUUUUUGUGAAGUAUCUAUACCCAUCUUUCACCCCUACAGUUGGCUUGUUUGUCGCUGGAACUGUUGCGUAUGGAGUUUCGAAGUACCUGCAGAAUGAGAAUCUUAAAGACCUAAAAUGAUUUUGGGAAUACAAACUAAUAUCUCCAUAUUGUAUGAGGAGCAAUCUACCUAUUAUGGGUGAUUGUUAUAUGUUGUUUCUUUAGGCUGUAUUUUGACGUAUUUUAAUGAGUUGAUGAAGAUACAUCGAAUAAGAUAAAAUUUUAUCUUUCUGCAA